UGGUUCUUUAUGUGUGUAAAUAUAUGUCAGGUGUAUAUCUGCGGAGACAGUGUGGAGGCCAAGCAGGUGGUGAUGGCGGUAGCCACCAAGCUGGGUCUCAGUGCCCUGGACCGGGGCUUUCUCUCAGUGGCCUGGGAGCUGGAGGACUUCCCCCUGCAGCUGUUCCCCCAGUGGAGGCUCCCCCUGUACAUCACCACUGGCCUCAGCGCUGCCUUCUUCUUCUACCUGCUGAUCAGAGACAUAAUCUAUGCAUACGUCACCCAGGGCGAAGACAUCUCCUUCAGAAUCAUGGUCUCACUGGCCAACAAGGUGUGUCCCAUCGUGUCUCUGAUCAUACUGUCUCUCUGUUACCUGCCUGGUGUCCUGUCUUCCUUCCUGCAACUCUACAGAGGCACCAAGUACAGGCGCUUCCCUAAUUGGCUGGACCGCUGGAUGUUGUGCAGGAAACAGCUGGGUCUUCUGGCACUGGGGUUCGCCUUUAUGCAUGUGCUCUAUACAAUGGUUAUACCCUUACGCUACUCCGUACGACACACACUUAUCUCACAGGUUAUCAACGAGAGAAAAGCCAAUAAGACCACUCCAUUUGACUUUGACAACACAGAGGCCUGGGGCACAGACUCCUUCUAUGUCCUGGGGAUCCUGGGCUUCUGUCUCUACGUCCUGCUGGGGAUCACCUCCUUGCCCUCUGUAGGAGCAGCUCUCAGCUGGAGGGAGUUCAGCUUCGUACAGUCCAAGCUGGGCCACCUGACACUGCUGUUGUGUACAGCCCAUGGCUUCCUGUAUGGCUGGAACAAGUUCUUGCGUUCCUCCACCUACAAGUGGUACACCCCACCAGGCUACAUGCUGUGUCUGGUGCUUCCCUCUGUGGUGCUGCUGCUCAAGCUGCUGCUCAUCACCCCCUGUGUGGACCACACCGUCACCCGGAUACGCCAGGGCUGGGAGAGGGGCCGGGCAGGGGGGUAGGAGACGAAAAUCAGCCACCUCUGAAAAUAAUUACUGUGAUUAAUGGUUGUUUUUACAUACCUUAGUAAUGAAGUAUUUCUUGAUUUGAGUUAUAUGAUUGCCCACAGGUACAGAUAUACCCAUAAAAAAUCUUAACUUUAACUAUUAGGGCAGAAAAUGAAAAACUGACAUAUCAUAUGUCUAGGAUACACUUCUCCGAGUCUCGGGAUACAGGUCAUUCGAAAAGUAUUCAGACCCCUUUACUUUUUACAAAUUUUGCUGCGUUACAGCCUUAAUUGUAAAAUGGAUU